GUUUUUCGUAAUUUAGUCUAGAACUUUGUUUAAAACGUAACCAUGGCGUACUUUGGAAAGGUUUUCACCUUGGAAAAAAAUGAAAAUUUUGACGGAUUUAUUAACAGUUUAGGUUUGCCAAAAGAAAAAGCAGACAGCUACGUGAAGUCCAAGUCUUCCCAAAAGAUAGAGAAGGAUGGAGAUGGUUAUAUUAUAACUUCUACGACUAGCCAGGGGGUUACAGAAAUUAAAUUUAAGCCGGGGGUGGAAUUCGAUCAACAAAUAACUCCUGAGAUAGUAACAAAGAACGUAAUGACUGUUGAAGGCGAUAAGUUUACCCAAGUGCAGAAGGCUGAUGGCAAAACUAUUACAUUUGUUAGAGAGUUCUCUCCAGAUAAAUUGGUCGUGACAAUUACUUCUAACUUCUGGGACGGCGUAGCCAAGAGAAUCUACGUAUAAGUUACUAAUAUUUACCAAAGGAAUACUGCUAAUAUCUGUUGUUAUUUAUAAUGUAUAUUGUUAUUAAGAGUAUGUUAGUAAUAUAAUUGUUAAUUCAUAUUGAUACUGGUUGACAAUUCCAAUUCCAAAAAUUACAUUUAAAUAAAUUUUCUUUCAUGCGAUUCCUAUAUGCGAUAUUUAGGUAAUCUUAGCUUUUUAAUUUAAUUGCUUAAAUAUAUUUUAUUAAAAUGCAUUAAAGCUUGAAA